AUGUGCAUUAAAGACAAGAGUGCCACCUUUAUCACCUCCGUCUGGAUCAGUCUGUUCUUUAAGACUUCUUGCAUCCCUUCCAGCUGCUUUUUGGGAAUUUGGAGGAUUUUUGUUGGUUUUUAUUGUGUUUUGGUUUUGGCCCCAGAGAGCAGAGAAUAUAGUUUGUACCAUGGCACAGACAUCCAAAUAAAUAGUAUUGAUUGUUUCUCUCUGCACUAUUCCUACAAGCUGUCUUCUGAGCUUUCUUCCUCACAAGUGGAUGCACUUGUUACAUUUCUCUACCACUUUAUUUUAUACACUUUUUCUUCAACAAUGGUAAAAUUAACUUGA